CGAGGCUGUGCGUAAGCUUUGUUUUGACGAAGCAGAAAGUCUUUUAGUUUCACCUAGAAGGAUGUUUUACAGUUUUGGCCUCAGUUAAACGGGCAUUACAUGUACCUGUCAAACCACGGUGCACCUAAAUUGUCUUCAAACGUUCUCUUACUUUGAAUAACGGUAAUCAUCAAGUCAUGCCCACAUUAGGAACGUUUCAGUUACUGGUUCACUUACUUUCAAUCGCCUAAACAAUGACUACUCAGGAUAGUCUUUCCUGUGAAGUUUUUCUUGUAGAAUUAGUCGAGGAUGUUCCUGAAGCUUACACCGAUGAAGUUCAGACUCGAGAACCAGUUACUGGAGGAAUUGUCCAUGGGAAAUUUAAGUCACAUCAUAGGAAACAUGCAGCAAAAGCAACAGAUCAGGAUCAAGAGAUGAGACGAUCCCAGAGUGUUCUAUCUAUUAAGGCUUCAGGUUUUCCCAUAAUCCAGAAUGGUUCUAACAACACACUGUGUCAUGUGCAGACUUGUAAAUGUCGUAACAAGAGUUGUCUCACUUCUUCUGAUGAAGAAAACGACUCAGUCAUAAAACCCCUGGACAUAGAAGAAGACAGUCAAGGCAUCCAAGUCGACUUAAUAUUGGUUCAACUCAGCUCUGUCCAUUCUCCAAUGCCAGUCAUUCCAAAGCGCGGAUGUAUGAAUAAUUCCCGUUAUAUCUCACUCAUGACAAAGCUACACGAUCUACAAGAUAACGGGACGUUUGAGGCACAUGAACGAAUAAUACAAGAAGAGUUGGCAAGAAGGUCGCCUGAAGAUGUUGACAUGAAAGCAAUUUUAGAGAUUGAGCGCGCAAAGGCCUUUUAUUUCCAGAAUAAUCUUAAAGGUACCAAAACAAUACUAAAAUCUGUACUUAAACGGGAACUGCAGAUGAAAAACCCGGGAAUUCUGACGGGACGAGCCUUGAAUCUUUUGACGGCGGUGUACAAGCGUCAGAGAAAAUUUGGAAAUGCUAUGCGAUGCGUGGAAAAGGCACAAAAAGCUCUUGACCUUCAGGAUUCUCACGACGAUAAAGGAGAACUGUGUUACACUCGUGGCGCACUGCUUGACUCUUUACCUGCACCGAACAGUGCUCGGGACACCCGAAAAACUGAAGCGUACAAGUCUUAUCAGCGGGCAUGUCAGUACUCUGUAAACAACAAUGGAUACAUCAACACCAAAAUGGCAGAUCUGCUCCUAAAGCACUGCUUCAAGGUAGCGAACAACGACACCGACAUCUGCAAAGAGGACGUUAUGAAAGCAAAAAGGCACCUUGAUUUAACUGAAUCUAGAACGGCUGAUGGUAACAUGGGAUUAGGGACAAGAAUAAAGUAUCUUCUUUUGCGAUCUGAUCAGCACUACUUUGAACAAAACAUUGCUAUGGCUCUCGAGAAGGCUGAAGAAGCGAUGGGGCUCAUCCUCGCACAUAGGUUUGAGCUGGAACUUGAUUCUGCCGAGAAGCGCAUUAGGCGCUUGUCUGAUAUGCAAGGGCUAGAAAAAGGGGAAUGGCUCAGCAGUGAAUCGUGUUCAAGCAGUGAAGAUCAAACUGAUAGAGAAGGGGACAGCUCAUCUCUUGAGUAAUGAACACAAUGUCGAGAUCACUACUUAAAGAGUGCGGGAAUUUUGAUUAAAAUAUUGGCCAUUUUACGGUUAA